AUGUCCGUCCAGACGUCCGGGUCCCUUCAGUAUGAAAACGGGACAGCAAUCAAGGUUGAGAUUACGGGCACUGUGGACAAGGGAUUCUUUCUUGCCGAUGGUGAAUGGACCUGCUAUCGACGAAACUAUAUGACUUGCGCAUGCUCAUACUCGCUGCAACCGCAUUACGCAAACACGGGAAUACAUUUCUUCCCUUCUGGAGCCACUCAGCCGUUCCAAGUCUUUGGACUGUACAUGUCGAUUUCUGCUGUCGUGGCAGACAAUGAUCAAAGCAUUGAGCUGGUUCAACACACUCCUAAGAGGGACAAGGGGCCAACAUCCAAGCCUGAAAAGGUUCUGCUGGCGCCCAAAAAUUCCGUCCCGCCUCAUCACACCAGCAUGUACAAUGACAGUUCGAGCGCAUCUGGCGCCAGAAUGUACCAAGACGGUUACGGCAACGGACAGGGGGUUGGUCAGCCUGCCACUGAGCACACGUUUGAGCGUAUCCAGUUCAAGCAAGCCACCCAAAACAAUGGCAAGCGAAGGGCUGCUCAGCAGUAUUACCAUCUGAUGGUCGAGCUCUGGGCAGACCUUGGCUCACAGACUCCUGAGAAGUUUGUCAAGAUUGCUUAUAGGAAAUCUGAGAAGAUGAUUGUCCGCGGCCGCUCCCCCGGCCAUUACCAGAACGAAAAGAGACGAAGCCACAGCGGCCCACCAGGAGGCUCCUCUGGAUCGCUGGGAAGCUAUUCAUCGUUGGCGAGCAUUGGAGAGUAUUCGCCUCAUCCCAGUAUGCUUGGCGGGAACGGCACAUAUAGUGCAUCCUAUGACCCGAGAGGAUCAGUAUACCAAACGCCAAGGACCCAUGAUGUCCCUGGAGAAGUGACAAUGUCUCCCGACGACGACAAAGCUAUUGGGGGCGCCAAGGGAUAUCUAUACUAUCCUGGGUCGAUGUACGACAGCUCUCCGCCGCGACCUCUUGAGAUGUUUGGCACUCGCAACGAGCAAGAGAAUACUCCAUCGCAGUCAUCCACCGACUCCAAGGUAAAGAGUGAGUACGACAUUACGCCUCGUGUCUUUCAUCCACCACCGCUCACGGAUAGUCGUCGCCAGCUGUCAGUGUUUGAAGGGAAAACCACUUCAGGUGGUUACUACCCUACGAUCUUGUCUCCCAGCGCAAACAUGACUUUGUAG